AUGAAAGUUUCAGAGGAACACGCCCCAGUCAAUCUGGCACACCUACCUGCGAUCACCCAAGCGACCAGUGCAGCUAUCGGCUCGGUGAUUUCCAAUGCAAUCGUCUAUCCUCUUGACCUGGUCACGGCUAGAAUGCAAACGAGACGGUUGAAAAGGAUCUCAAAGAAUAAAAGGCCUGGGUUCAAUCGAAUGUCGUCAUUAGCAUCAGAGUUCUCGACCACGUCUACUGGCACAUCGAUCAAGCGAUCCAAGGAUUACGAGACAUUGUUAGGAUCGUUCCGGACAAUCAUACAAUCAGAAGACCGCUCGCCGAACUUGAUUCUCAAGUUUUAUGACGGCAUCCUCGUCGACUCGGUGGCCGCGUUGAUUAAUAGUUUUAUCUACUUUUAUAUCUAUACCAACUUGAAUAAGCUGAAUAUCAGAUACAAGAAACAGACUCAGAGGACGAUCGGCUGGUUCGAGUCUAUCCUCGAGGAGAUCCUCAUGGGCUCGCUCACUGGAAUCGUCUCCAAGUUCUUCACCUGUCCCUUAAAUAACAUCACCAUCAGACUGCAAACCUGCUCACCUUCUAAACUGUCCCGUUUACAAUCUUCGCACCACUUGAGGAUAUCUUCUUCCCAACAUGACGAUCAUCAACAUGCAGAUGGAAAGACGUUGAUUGAGAAGAGCCCAUCGAGCAACAACUUCCAUAAGCUUCCUAACGAUUCGAGCUCCAGUGAAGAAGAUGAAGACGACGAUGAGGACUUCGAAGGCGGAGGGAAAUUGACAUAUUUGUCUUAUCUAAUGAAUACGAUCAAGUCAAUCUACGAUGAUCGGGGAUACCGCGGCUUCUGGUCCGGCUUCGGAAAGAAUUGCAUCCUUACCUUGAACCCAUCCUUGACGCUCUACUUGACGAAGCUGAUGAAACACUUGACGAUUAGCAAGAGCGCUCAAGGCUCUGAGGGAUUGGUGAUCACUUUCCUGAACUCGGCGAUCGCCUCAAGUCUCUCGACGAUGAUCACCUAUCCAUUGAUGCUCUCCAAGACCUUGAUCCAAACCUCGCAAGGGUCCCUCGCUCACCAACGCCAGCUCACCCUGCUCACUCGCUAUCGUCAUUUCGGCCCCGCCGCGCUUUACACCGGCUUGCAGGCUAAACUCCUCAAGGUCUUCAUCGGUCAGGGCAUCACCAUGUCCAUCAAGAGCCAAAUCGAAACUCUCUUCGUCUCCCUCUGGAUCUUUCUGAACCACCACCGUCGUCGUCGUCAUCAGAAGUCCCUGUGA